AUGAAUCUGAGGUAUCUUCUUUUACCAGUUAUCACUACACCUCAUAAAACAACGGUUCUAAGGUUAUCUAUGAAGAUUAACCAAUUCGUCGAACCUUGCUUCUAUAUUUUCCUACAAACAUCACCUUAUUACACUAUCAAUAUAGCUUUAGAAGGAAAGCUUCAAAAGGAAAGUUGUAUUCGAUUUAAGUACGUUACGUUGCAAUCAAUACGCCUGGAGAACAUAGAAAUACUUACUGCACGCCGAAAACGUUGUUUUCAGAUUUUGUCACUGCUUUUGGUAGUGAGUACAGCAAUCAGAAUUGACAAGAGGGACAAGGAGAACCGGAUUGCCUCUAAGAAACACGAUAAGAGAGGUCUUGUCAAUUUGGGAUAUGGUCUGCCUCCUGAACAGCUGUACGGGGCUCCUGAGCCAGCACCUGUCUACGAAGCUCCGUUUCCGGAUGGUCUACCGCCUCUGGCUGGACACUUGGAAGCUGCUGCACCACCGGUACCUCCACCGGCCGUAGUACACCCAGCUCCAGCCGUACCCGUACCAGUGCCGCACCCGUUCCCUCAGCCAGUGGCGGUGCCAGUGCCGCAACCGGUUCCGCAUCCGUUUCCGGUCGCAGUUCCAGUAGCUAAGCACGUGCCGGUCCCAGUACCGGUUGAUCGCGCGGUACCCGUGCCAGUGGACCGUCUCGUGCCGGUGCCGGUCGCCGUUCCGGUACCAAAACCGUACCCCGUUCACGUGGAAAGGCUGGUGCACGUAGACAGACCUGUACCGGUGCCAGUCGAGAAGCCGAUCCACGUUCCAGUGGAUCGACCUGUCCCUGUUCCGGUCCCAGUGCCGAAACCCUAUCCGGUAGCCUACGAAAAGGUGGUCCACGUAGACAGACCGUACCCAGUCCACGUGGCUGUACCCUAUCACGUGCCCAAGCCGUACCCUGUACCUGUCGCCGUUCACGCGCACAAGUCUCACGGAUGGUUCAAAUGGUGA